AUGGCGUCGGAGGGCGAUACCGAUGCAGCGGCGGCGGCGGCGGCGAUGACGUUGGGGAAGAGCCGGCGUCGGAAGGGGAGGCCUUCGGACGAGGAUGACCCCGGCAGCAGCAACCUCUUGAAGGCGGAGAAGUUGGAGCCCUCCUCGAACGAGGGCGCCCUGCUCGAAGCCACCUCCUUCUCCACCACCUUCGCCAAAGACAGAGAGGAGUAUCUGCUGGAGGCGUGGCCGAUCGUCAAGGGCGCACUGAAGGAGCAGGGGGUCUCGUGCAAGCUCAGUUUGAGUGAGGGAUCCAUGACGGUUUCGACCACCAGGAAGACCAGUGACCCCUACAUUGUUGUCAAGGCCAGGGACCUGACCAAACUGCUGUCACGGGGUGUCCCUGUACAUCAGGCGAUUAAAAUACUCAACGAUGACAUGACCUGCGAUAUUAUUAAGAUUGGUGACCUCAUACGGAAUAGGAAAAGGUUUUCUGAACGGAGGGAGCGUCUGUUAGGACCUAAUAUGUCUACCCUUAAGGCCAUAGAGAAUUUGACUGGCUGCUACAUCUUAGUUCAGGGAAACACUGUUGCUGCCAUCGGUUCCCUUGACGGAAGCGGACUAAAACAAGUCAGAAGGAUCGCAGAGGAUUGCAUGAAUAACAUAAAGGGUCCACUGGAUCACAUUCAGGAACUCAAAAACGAACGUGAGCCGGCCAAAAAACCUGCCCUGGCCAAUGAAAGCUGGGGCAGGAUUCUACCAAAGGAGGAUAUCAAACUGAACAAGAAGCCAUACACAACCUUUCCAUCUCCGCAGCAGCCUAGCAAGGAGAACACUGCAGUUCCAUCUGAGCCUGCCAUGACCACCAGUGGCGAUAACGAGGUUGCUGACAUGGUGGCCAUGCCCUCAAAGAAGAAGGCAAAGAAGGAAUGCAGAUAGGGCUGAUCGCAAGUAAAUGUGAGAACAAAAAAGCUGUACGUAUCACGCCCCACAAAGAAGCACAAAUUAUCUGACCCCGAGUAACCGCGAUAUGAAAGCACGACGUCGGACUUGCUGAUAGAGGCCAUGUUAGUUUUGAAGUUAGGACUGCUUUGCUUCAUCAAAAUCAGCUCCGCUUCACCAAAUCCACUUUAAAGCAGUUUCAUAUAGAAGUUGUAACCAUUUCAAGAGAAUGUUUGGCUCUCAUUUAGCUACA